UUGUCAGCACUUUGCCAACAAGAUAUCUUAAACGUUUAGUGAUUUCAUUAUUACUUUCACAGAGCUAGGUGAUAGAGCCUACUAUAUACCCAGGCUGUAUUACAGUCUGUUGGAAAUAAUGUAUUGUAUGUGGUCUGUUGUUGACAGAAAUGUUGGUCUGUGAGCUCCUGACUGUAUUUUAUUUUGUGCUACUGGUACACGUGUAAACUGAGAAGAACAUUGGGUAAAGGCAAGGGCUAUUUUUGGGUUUUGGGUUCUCUGCAUAGUAUAUUCUUAGUAAUGUGCUUUCAGUGAAAACUCAGAGCUCAGGCUGUGGGAUGACUUUACUUUUUAACACACAUUGCUGAUUCUCCACCGUGAUCAGUGGCAAGCCUUCAUAACUUCUGGUUUCCAGUCUGCAAAGCGGUACAAUCAUUUACAUUCCUUUUAGAGAAAGUCGGAAAGUACCAAGAAGCGGCCUUGGAGUCACUGGCUUCAGAUCCGCCUAUUCAGACAAGCCGAUUUUGAGAGAGGCUUGGUGAUUUUGAGAAGUAAUAGUGAAGACACUGCCUAUACCCUCCAAAUGAGUGAGAGCCUGAGUAGCAGAGAGACCAGCUUUCUCAUCAAUGAAGAACCGACGCCCGCAAAGCGAUUCAAUUUGUUCCUGAGGCGACGUCUUAUGUUUCAAAAGAGUAAACAAAGCAAAGAUUCUAUUUUCUUCAGAGACGGGAUCAGGCAAAUUGAUUACGUACUUUCCUAUGUUGAUGACAUAAAGAAAGAUGCAGACAUAAAAGCGGAAAGAAGAAAAGAGUUUGAACAAAAUCUCAGAAAAUCAGGUCUUGAACUGGAAAUUGAAGACAAAAGGGACUCUGAGGAUGGAAGAACUUACUUUGUCAAGAUCCAUGCUCCUUGGGAGGUACUAGCUACCUAUGCAGAAGUGUUGGGGAUCAAAAUGCCUAUUCAGGAGAGUGACAUUCCCCGGCCGGAGCACAAGCCUUUUAACUGCAUGCUCACACCUGUGAAGCUUCCCGAGAGUGUGAAGUAUCCUCGUCCUGAAUAUUUCACUGUCCAGUUCAACAGACAUCGCCAGGAGCUCUUCCUCAUUGACGACAAAUCAACCUUCUUCAAAUCCUCAUCGAGAAACAGAAUUGUGUACUAUAUUCUUUCACGGUGUCCUUUUGGUGUAGAAGAUGGGAAAAAGAAGUUUGGGAUUGAAAGACUGCUGAAUUCUAACACUUACUCAUCUGCCUACCCACUCCAUGAUGGCCAGUACUGGAAGUCAUCAGAACCUCCAAAUCCUGUCAAUGAAAGGCACAUACUGUAUAAGAACUGGGCUCGAUUUUCCUACUUUUACAAGGAGCAGCCUUUGGAUUUGAUUAGGGAUUAUUAUGGAGAAAAAAUUGCUAUCUACUUUGUCUUUCUUGGUUUUUACACAGAGAUGCUGUUCAUUGCAGCUUUGGUUGGCUUAGCUUGCUUUAUUUAUGGCUUACUAUCAAUGAACAAUAAUCCCAGCAGCAUGGAAAUCUGCGACCCUAACAUUGGUGGUCAGAUGAUCAUGUGCCCACUCUGUGAUCAAGUGUGUGAUUACUGGAGACUCAAUACCACCUGCUGGGCUUCAAAGUUCGCCCAUUUGUUUGAUAAUGAGUCAACAGUGUUCUUUGCAAUAUUCAUGGGAAUAUGGGUCACACUGUUUUUGGAGUUUUGGAAACAGCGCCAGGCCAGGCUGGGGUACGAGUGGGAUCUGGUGGACUUCGAGGAGGAGCAGCAGCAGCACCAGCUGAGACCCGAGUACGAAGCCAUGUGCAAGCACAGGAAGAUGAAUGCAGUGACCAAGGAGAUGGAACCUCACAUGCCUCUGUUUCGUCAUAUUCCAUGGUACUUCUUAUCAGGAGCCACGGUGACAUUGUGGAUGGCUCUGGUGGUCACCAGCAUGGUGGCUGUGAUCGUGUACCGCCUGUCAGUCUUCGCUGCCUUUGCGAGCUUCAUGGAAAGUGACACGACCUUACAGGAAGUCAAACAUUUCUUCACUCCUCAGUUGGCCACAUCACUCACGGGAUCCUGCUUGAACUUUAUUGUCAUCUUGAUCUUGAAUUUCUUUUAUGAAAAAAUAUCUGCAUGGAUUACAAAAAUGGAACUUCCUCGAACUUACCAGGAAUAUGAGAGCAGUCUUACUCUGAAAAUGUUCCUGUUUCAGUUUGUGAAUUUUUACUCGUCUUGCUUCUACGUAGCUUUCUUUAAAGGGAAGUUUGUGGGCUACCCUGGAAAAUACACGUACUUAUUUAACGUGUGGAGAAGUGAGGAGUGUGACCCUGGAGGCUGUUUAGUAGAACUGACAACCCAGUUGACCAUCAUAAUGAUUGGGAAACAGAUUUUCACGAACAUUAAGGAAGCCAUUUAUCCCUUGGUUUUCAAUUGGUGGAGACGUCGGAAAGCUCGGACCAACUCUGAGAAACUGUACAGUCGCUGGGAGCAAGAUCACGACCUGCAGAGCUUUGGACAACUUGGGUUAUUCUACGAGUACUUGGAAACAGUGAUCCAGUUUGGUUUUGUCACACUGUUUGUGGCCUCUUUCCCUUUGGCUCCUCUCUUUGCCCUCAUGAAUAAUAUCGUAGAGAUCCGUGUGGAUGCCUGGAAACUUACCACUCAGUACAGGAGACCUGUAGCUGCCAAAGCGCACAGCAUCGGAGUUUGGCAGGACAUUCUGGCUGGCCUGGCGGUGCUGUCCGUUGCAACUAAUGCUUUUAUUGUCGCGUUUACGUCGGACAUCAUCCCCCGUUUAGUUUACUACUAUGCUUACUCCACAAAUACCACAGAGCCUUUGGCCGGCUAUGUCAACAACAGUCUGUCGGUAUUCCUGAUCGCUGAUUUUCCAAACCACACUGUACCUUUGGAUAAACGGGAUGUCGUCACUUGCAGAUACAGAGAUUACAGAAAUCCUCCUGGGGAUGAGAAUAAAUACCUUCACAACAUGCAGUUCUGGCACGUGCUGGCCGCCAAGAUGACGUUCAUCAUCAUCAUGGAACACAUUGUGUUUCUGGUGAAGUUUUUGUUGGCCUGGAUGAUACCUGAUGUCCCGAAAGAUGUUGUGGACCGAAUCAAACGGGAAAAGUUAAUGACUGUCAGGAUUCUUCAUGACUUUGAACUCAACAAACUGAAAGAAAAACUGGGUCUUAAUCCUAAUGAAUUUGCCAAGCAUGUCAUGAUCGAGGAGAACAAAAUGCAGCUGGCUAAAUCCACGAUUUAAUCAGCGUAGCGGGGGAGCAGCUGGUUGUUUCUCCACUUUUUCUCUGGGGUUAGGACCAGAGGCCAGAGGAACCGUGUCCAUUUACCUUUUCUUUUUGUUUUCUCUCACGGUUUUUAUGUACUUUAAAAAGGCCAGGUGUUGGAGGAGUACCACUGUCCAUACCAUGCGCCAGUCCCUUCCCAGAUACUGUCUCCCGCGGUGCUCUGGAUGGGGGUUUAGGGUGCACGAAGCAUCAGAACACACAAAUCACAGAGCAGAUGAGCUCAGGGGGAAACGCAGGCCUGGGCUGUGUCUCCACUUUCCAGUACAUCUGCACAUUUUUAUGGUCUUUUAUUGUGUUGCUUUUAACUCCCUCACAUCAAAAAAAGAAAAAUAUUCCAAGAAGCAGAGCAAAGAGGCCUUCUGAGUUACAUAAAUCCUGGCAUUUUAAAUUAUGCAAAUGAAAAAUCAGAACCAUAACAUAAGAAAACUCACACAUUCAGCAGUGUUCAAUAAACAUCAGAGCAGGAGUUUAUUCCUGAAAUUGUGUGGUCUGAGUUAAGCUGUCAUUAGAAUCCCAGAUGCUCUUUCUGAGCACAUGCAGUAACCAUAAUUUUUUCUCCAAAAGCCCAAAUGUUUGAGUUUCAACAUAAAAGUAACAUUAUGGCUGUUAAAGGUAGAGUGUUGGUAACAGUAUUUUCAAGAUUUGUGGCAAAUAGUCUUCAAGCAAAUGAUAAGUAUUAUAAAGAAGUGGUACAUACUGAUUAAUUUAUUCAUUUCAAUAAGUGGUUGAGUUUUUGAAAAUUAUGGUUUUUCCUAUGUUGCCUAUUUUAUAUCAUGAAGCCUUCCUGAGCACUCUGUGUAUAAGUUAGAUAGCAACUGUGCAUAAAAAUGUUACCUCUUUGCUUUGAAGAAAUCCCAAGUCUUUGAAUAAGUUUACAAAAUUUUCAUAUUGGUGCAUCUUAUAUAAUAUUCAGUGCCUUCUUCCUAUACCUUUAACAUGUAUGAAAUGAUAGUGUUGACUGUUAAUUUUAUAAUCUGCAACAUGCCAAAUAUUAGAGAAAUGCAGUGUAGACAUUUCUGUAGAAUUUAACACUAAAAAUUCAGCCAAGUAAGGAAAAGGUGAUAAACUUGAUUGUUAACUGAAAAAUAUAUUUAUUGAAUUAUUCCUCUCAAAUUUAGGCUUACACAUAUGCACAACAAUUCUCAUUCCUGUUUCAUAUAUAUAUAAUAUAUAUCCUAUAUAUAAAUAUAUAUUUAUAUAUGUGUAUAUAUAUAAAUUCCACUAGAGUGAGAGAUACAAUCCAAUUAUAUAUUGUUUGAGUGUCAAGUUUCAAAUUGGAAUUUAAUUCCAAAGGAAUACUGUUCUCUUAUCAUACACAUCCAAAGAAAACUUUAUGAUGUUAUUUUUUAAACUGGAAUUUCUUUAUACAAUACUAAUAAAUUUUAUAGGACUGCUGAUAUUUAAUAUGUGACACAUAGUACUAAUUACUGAUCAAUAUUAAAUACUUAGAACUAAGAGUGAUUUAUUUUCUAAAGCUAUGAAACAGUUACCCCAGUAUUUCUAAUUCUGAUUUAUCAACUACUGGUUGGAUUUUAUGAACAUUUUUCUACAUGAAAUGAACACAUAGAAGUAGGAUUUCAUAUGCAGAAGUGAUGUGUUCCUCAUUGUCAGUUAUCACAAGCUAAGCCUCGAUGGAGGCUCACUGGCCUGCAGGAUCAAACUCAGCAUGAUGACAAUGUCACACACAGUGCACAGCUCAUUCUGUUUCCUUCCUCAGUGCUGAUAAAUACAAGAAAUAAUAGAAAACUUGUGUUUUGAGGGCAUAGGCAUUAAUUUGUAUGGUUUAAAGGUAUUUAUAGAACUACAAUGUAAAAUAAAAACAAAUUUAACUUGGAGUUAUAUGUACACUGCAAUUUAAAACAAACUAAUUGUUGGAUUUCUACACCAUGUAGAGAAACUAGCAAAAGUGAAAAUAAUUUAUAAGAAAAAUAGGUAAUUCUUAUGAUUGAUUGGUACUAUCCUCUUAGGAUGUUCUUGACCAAGUCUGUAUUCACCUUAUGAUUUCCUGUUGCACUUCUCCAUGCUUAGUGGAUUAUACAGCAAAACACUGACAUUAGAAAGUAUUUCAACCCAAAUCAGGAGCCAAAUUUAUUGAGAUAGAUUGUGUCCUCUAAUAAAACUCACUGAUUAUUGCAGGAAGUCUAAAUUAAGAGCAUUUGAUCCUCAAACACCAGUUACUAACAGUAACUAACAAUUGUUUUUACCUCCCAUUAAAACCACGUUUUGUUGAUUUGUUUGUUUGCUUUCCCAGAAAUGUUCCAAGGGAUAUUUGAGGUCUUGUGUGACAAAAUUUUAGAUAUCCAAACCAAAAGAGCACAUAACUUUUUUCAAAUAAUCUUCUCUUUUCCUUGUGUUCAUCGACUUGGUUUGUAUACAGGAAGCAGAAACUUCUGGAUCAUUCUAGAGAGGCAAUUCCAUCCAGAAGGCACUGUUGUAAUGAAAUAAAAUGCCGUCUUCAUCCUGCUGCAUCUCAGGAUGUGGCUUUAAUGGCCUUCUUUGAGCCAAGCUAAAGCAAUCUAUGGGAGUGAAGAGGAAGAUUAAAGAGAAAGAGAAGCUCUAUGCUGGGUCAGUACAAACUGUGUAUGAGCAAAGUGAGAUCUCCUGCACUAGCCACUAGUGAGGUGAGAGAGAUGCUAGAGGAAUCUCAAACUGAGAAGUAGGAGGGGUCAAAACAAAACGUUGCUUCCCCGGUGAUUUUGUAGUUUCAGACAUGAUUAGUAGGAACCAUGGUUCUCCAUUGACAGACUCCGAUUGAGGGUAAAGAAUUUGUACUGUUUGUUCAAUUUGGAAUCUAAUGUUUUAAGAGAAGGGUUUUCAUGCUUGUUUUUACUGGUGAUAAUUAUGAUGCAAUUGAAGGAUAUUAUUAAGAAAAACAUUGCAAGAAACGCCAUUGCCCAAGCUCAGAAAUCUUCCACAAGAAAUCACUGUUAACUAUUGUGUUACUCCUUUUCUAGGCAGAUUUUCCUACUCAACUUUCAUGAAUAAUAAUUUAAUUAUGAUAGUUAUUUAAGUGUUAUGUAAAAUUGAGGAAAGUGACAAAAAAAAGUAUAUACAGUAUAGUUUCAUUUGUGUGAGAUAUGUUUCCAAAGUUUUUGAGUUGACCUAGAAAAUGACCUAGAAAUUAAGUUUGCUCUGAUUUUGAUUUCUUUCUUCUGCCUUUUUUUUGAAAGAGAGAUAUACAGGUACGCAGAGAAAGUUGAUUUGAGUAAUAUGUCCUUAAUAUGAGGUUUAGGUUCAGUCAUUUAAUAAAGUAAUAAUUUUAAACUAUUUUCACAUAGAGUCAAUUUAUGCUUAGAGUUAUGCCAAUAUAAUUGUUCAGAGGCUGAAUGUUUUAAAAAGUUUUUAAAAUUCUUUUUGUUGUUUAGAGACAGUAAAAUACAUGUACAUACAUAGCAGAGCUCAGGAAAUUACAUAUUUGAUAAACAGUUGUAGAUUGUUAUCUGAAAUUGGAUGGCACAGAUAAAUUGGAAAGGUUGUUCUUACUGUUGUUCUUACUGUUUCUUGCUUGUUCUGCUUUGGAAGACAAUGAGGAUGAACAGAAAGAUGCAAGAAGGAAAACAACAUGUUGAAAUAAUUUCCAAUGAUUUUCCAGUCCCACCUUUUCAAAAAGCAGUCCCACUCACAGUCACUGACGCUCUAGACCUCUUAUUAGCAGUGUGUGCCCCUAGACCCCUUCCCAGCUCUAAAAACACAGCCCCUGGGGGGAUAGUAGCUUUUAAACUCUCCAGCAUUAAAUUUUUGAGGUGAUGAAACUUCCUUGAAUGAUAAAUUGCCUAAACUAAGGCAUCACAAUCUUGAGUGCAAACAAUUUAUCAGUCCAGCUUAUUAGGGAAUUAUAUCAAGGCAUGCAUAGUCUGGUUUCUAAACUUGCAGAAAUGCUUUAGUCCUAUGGUAUGUAAAUUUAUUGAAACCAUAUUGUCUAAGAACACUAGACGUUGAGUCUCUGCUUAUUAAAAAAGAUCAGAUUAAAUGUAUUUUUUCUUCCCAAUA